CUACAACUUAAUUCUAUUAUCUAUAGAUAUAAUUUCUUACGACGCAGACUUUUCGAGUACAAAGAUCAUUAGAAUUAGUACCAUGAAACUGUUGUGGAUAACUUGUACUGUUCUUGGUCUGAUGUUAAAAGUAAAAGCCGAAGAAAAGGAAGACAACGAAAAACCAAAAGUUAAAAACCCAUAUUUUACGAAGUUCCAAGGAACUGCUCACUUGAGACCGACCAAGUGUCAAGUUUGUAGAUUGUUAGUAACAGAGGUUAACGAAAAGCUCAAAAAGACCAACUCACCUCAAGUCAUUCACAAAGGAUACGAUGAAAACCUUGAAGAAGAUAGAAGAAACAGCAUUGAUUACCGAACAUCAGAGGUUAGACUGAUGGAGGUAUUAGAUGGCUUAUGUAACAGAAUGAAGUUGUACCAGGCGAGAGCAGGGCCAGAGUUCCCUUACAUAAGAGGAGCGAAGGGUCAUCUUCGUGAGGUGUUUGAUGAUAUUGCAUCAAAUUCCAAAGUCAAACUUAAUUUUAAGCUUCCAGACGACGUCUUGGAUGACUACACUCACGAGAUAACCAGGGUCAAAUUUGAGUGUAUCCAUCUAUUAGAACAAGUAGAGGAACUUAUCGAGGAAUGGUAUUUUAAACACCAACAUGAAGAUUUGAUGACUUGGCUGUGCGCAAAAAGAGUCUUAAAAGACRAAAAUAAAGAUUGUCUUACUGCUUCUGAUGCUAUGCCAUCAGACUAUUAUUCAGUGUUUGAGUCUGAAGGAUCCUCGAACGACAGGAAACCCAAAAUACCAAUGACUGAAAACCAUGUAGAAUUAUAAAAAACACCUUAUAAACCUCUUUCAAAAUUUUCUUAUGUGCGAGGCUAACAGAAAAAUAUAAAAAAAUUGCACAACUGAAUUCCAACGAAAAAAAGYGAGUGUCAUUUCUUUUAACCUUUUUUAUAUUUAUCUAACCUUUCCUGUUAGCCUUGUACAUGUUAGCCUCGAUGUAAACAUGACAAUUUUGAAAGGUUGGCAAGUGUCUCCUCCCCCUUUUAUUCAGUGACAAGAACAUGAAAAUAAACUUGCUUCACUAAUACAA